UUCAGUCAGAUGAUGUCAGUAAAGAAAUUGUGCUCAUGGGCGAGGGGAAAAAUGAGAUGGUCCUAUUCUCAAGCGACUGACUCUUGUUCCCAGAGAACGUUCCAUUCCAGUUCUCAUCGAGCCACGGUGAAAGUGUACGACGAAAGUUGGAGACCCGUGAAAGAGAAAUACCUCCACAUGGACAUUGAUGAGAAACGCCAGCAAUACUUUGUGAAGGGGAAUUAUCUCGACCUGGACAGGAUUCGCCCUUGGCCAGUGUACUUUGAGCAUAUGAGGAUCCCACCCACUAGUCAGAAGAGAAAGUAUCCUCUGAAGUUCCCCGUCAACUACCGAGUGACAAUGGGACAGGGCAACAUCGUUGCAGUUGAACUCGAUGCAAUUGUCAAUCCCACAUCGCUGGACAUGAUGGGAACGGGAGGAGAAUGUGACAAAAUAGUUCACUUGGCGGCAGGAAAAGAGCUAAUGUUGGAGUGCAAGACGCUUCGUGGUUGUGACAUCGGGGAGGCAAAAAUCACUGGAGGUUACAGGCUCCCUGCCAAAUAUGUCAUCCAUACUGUGGGACCUGUUGGUCACCACCCUACAGUUGACAGCCUGCUACGUAAGUUGUCUCAACCUGAUGCUCCUGAACAGUUUGAAGACGAUCGCAUUUCCUUGCAUUUCUACACAAACCAAUGGCUUCCCUGCCGAACAGGCUGCUCACAUUGCGCUGGAUUGCGUUCGAAAAUUCUUGGACAGACAUCCCGACGAUGUGGACAGAGUGUGCUUUGCAAUUCAUCGGGCAGAGGAUCUAGAAGUUUAUCGGGAAUUAAUGCAGGUGUACUUUCCACUUCACGAGUGAUAUGAAAAAAUUAUAGUAAAUAAAUAUAGUUAUGUACAUACAUUCUGCUUUUGUGUAUGAAUGAGCGUGCGUUUUGUAUCCUUA